UUCUGACGGAGCCUGACAGCAGCGGCGCCGCCACAUGCACGUUGUUGUUUUGUUGAUGCCGGACAUUUAAAAGGUUCUUCUCUAGCCCUCAGGGUCCGGCGUGUUCUGCCUGCAUCCGUCCUGAGGUGAGAUGAGGAACCUGAAGCUGCUGAAGAGCCUGCACAGCUCUGAGCUGCAGAGUCCCGGCUCGCCUCAGUUCCUGUGCGUGCGAGCAGACACGGGUUCACUGCUGGUCGCCUCUCAGUGCUCCAUCACAGAGUAUGACCCUCGCACUGGACAGGUCGUCAGCGAAGCCUCGUUGACGGCCGAUGGUUUCCUCCCGGAGGACGGCAGUGGUGUGGUGGUCGGACUGCAGGACCUGGCUGAACUUGAGUCGGCGUGUUUGGCCACAGCCGGUGGCGAUGUUAUCCUCUUCAACUUCAACACCUGCCAGCUGGAGUGCGUCGGCAGCGUGGACAGUGGUCUGACGUCCAUGAGCUGGAGUCCUGAUGAAGAGCUCGUCGUUCUCACCACCGGUCAGGAAACGAUCAUCAUGAUGACCAAAGAGUUUGAGCCCAUCACUGAGGUUGGAGUCCACCAAGACGACUUUGGCGAAGGGAAGUUCAUCACUGUGGGCUGGGGGAAGAAGGAGACUCAGUUUCACGGUUCGGAGGGCAAACAGGCAGCGCAGAAGAAGAUCCAGGAGGUGCAAGCGGUGUCUGCGUGGGACGACCGCCGGCCGCGGGUGACGUGGCGAGGCGACGGUCAGCUGUUUGCCGUCAGCGCCGUGUGUCCUCAGACGGGAGCCAGGAAGGUGCGUGUGUGGAACAGAGAGGGUGUCCUCCAGGCCACCAGUGAGACCAUCAAUGGCCUGGAACAGGCUCUCUGCUGGAAACCUUCUGGCAGUCUGAUCGCCAGCACUCAACGUCUCCCCAACAAACACAGCGUGGUGUUCAUGGAGAAGAACGGACUGCUGCAUGGAGACUUCACCCUGCCCUUCAGCAAGGACCAAGUCAAGGUGAAGGAGCUGCUGUGGAACAGUGACUCGUCUGUUUUGGCCGUGUGGUUGGAGGACAUGUCUCCGUCAGAGGACGGACAAGUUAACACUUACAUCCAGCUGUGGACAGUAGGGAACUACCACUGGUAUCUGAAGCAGAGCCUGCACUUCGGCGGAGACCCUCAGCAGGCUCCCGUCUGGGUCUGCUGGGAUCCCGAGCGCCCCCUGAGGCUCCACCUGGUGAGACGCAGCUGGACCAGCGUCACGUACGACUGGGGCUGGACGACGGAGCGGAGCCUCGGGCUGGACGCCGCUGACGACGCCAACGUGGCUGUGAUCGAUGGAGAUAAAAUCCUGGUGACGACCUUCAGACGCGGCGUCGUCCCUCCCCCCAUGUGCUCCUUUGAGCUCCAGCUCAAAUCUCCCGUCAACCAGGUGACCUUCCUCUGCCGUCCUCAGAGGACCAAUCAGCUGGCAGCAUUCACCGCUGAUGGACGGAUCUCCGUCUACAGCCAAGACUCGGGAGACGAGACUGAGAAACCAGCGAACGGCUUCAGGAUUGUGUCUCGUCCUCUGGUUUUUCAGAAAACCUUCAGGGUAGCAGCGCAGAGAGACGACCCUCUGGCCCUGCGGCAGCUGCUGUGGCUGCAGGACGAGCUGUUUGUGGGCGUCACCUCCGGUCUGCUGCCGACCUCCUCCGCCCUGCAGGUGCUUCACGCGGCCGAGGACGACGGCGACGCACUUGUGAUCAGGUCUGAGGUAGAGGUGGACGGUGUUGUGGUCAGUGUGGUUCACUCGGCUCAGACUGGGACUGUGGCUCUGCAGCUGGAGGAUGGACAGAUCAGGAAAUUACUCUGGGAUUGUCCUGAGCCGUCCGUGGAGAAUUGGCGAGACUCCAGCGGAUGUAACAUCAACUUCCCUGUCCCCUGCGUUCAGACGUCUCUCUGCAGCGUCAGUGGAGAGGAAUAUCUACUCGGUCUGACGGACAGAUCCCACCUGUACGCUGGAGACACGGAGCUGGCAUCUAAUGUGUCUUCCUUUGCCGUUUGCAACGACUUCCUCCUCAUCACCACACACUCUCACACCUGCCGCUGCCUCCAGCUGAGCAUGCUUACCAUCAAAGGGCUGCAGGCGGCCUUGGCCACAGAUAAAGGACAGAAUGACGAGACGCUGCGUCGGGUGGAGAGGGGAUCCAGGAUCGUCACUGUGGUGCCUCUGGACACCAAAGUCAUUCUGCAGAUGCCUCGUGGGAACCUGGAGACGGUUCAUCACAGGGCGCUGGUGCUGGCUCAGCUCAGGGAGUGGUUGGACGUUUUGAGGUUCAGAGAAGCCUUUGAGUGUAUGAAGAAGCUGAGGAUCAACCUGAACCUCAUUUACGACCACAAUCCAAAGGUUUUCCUGGAGAACAUCGAGACCUUCAUCACACAACUGACCUCCAUCAACAACAUCAACCUCUUCCUCACAGAACUCAAAGAGGAGGACACAACCGGCAGCAUGUACCCGCGUCCUGAGAGCAGCCCAGUGCAGCCACAGCCACAGCUCUCUGCACUGAAGAAGGUCGACGUGGUCUGUGACGCUUUACGAAGCAAGAUGGAGUCAAUGGAUCCAAACAAGUUCUGUCUCUCGAUACUGACGACUCAUGUGAAGAAGACGGUUCCAGAGCUGGAGAUUGCGCUGCAGAAGGUCCACGAGCUUCGAGAGAACCCUUCUGAAGCUCCGGGUGCAGUUAGCGCUGAAGCGGCGCUGAAGUACCUCCUCUUUCUUGUCAAUGUCAACGACUUGUACGAACACUCUCUGGGAACGUACGACUUUGACCUCGUUCUCAUGGUGGCGGAGAAAUCUCAGAAGGAUCCCAAAGAAUAUCUUCCCUUCUUAAACAUGCUGAAGAGCCUGGAGCAAAACUACCAACGCUACACCAUCGACAAACACCUGAAGCGCUACAGGAAGGCGCUGCUGCACCUCAGCAAGUGUGGCCAGGAACAUUUCCCUGAAGCUCUGCAGCUCGUCAGGGAGCAGAAACUCUACAGUGAAGCUCUGAGACUCUACGAGUCAAACAGCGCUCAGUACAAGGUAAAUAAAGAAGAGACUUAA